CCAGGAUGAGCUCCCCCGGGACGGAGGGGGCGGGCAAGCCCCCGCAGUACCGCGUGGACCACCUGCUGAGCGCCGUGGAGAGCGAGCUGCAGGCGGGCAGCGAGAAGGGGGACCCCACGGAGCGGGAGCUGCGGGUCACGCUGGAGGACAACGACCUGUGGCUGCGCUUCAAGGAGCUCACCAAUGAGAUGAUCGUCACCAAAAACGGCAGGAGGAUGUUCCCGGUGCUGAAGGUGAGCGUGUCGGGGCUGGACCCCAACGCCAUGUACUCCUUCCUGCUGGACUUCGUGGCGGCCGACGGGCACCGCUGGAAGUACGUGAACGGGGAGUGGGUGCCGGGGGGGAAGCCGGAGCCGCAGGCGCCCAGCUGCGUCUACAUCCACCCCGACUCCCCCAACUUCGGCGCGCACUGGAUGAAGGCGCCCGUCUCCUUCAGCAAAGUCAAACUCACCAACAAGCUCAACGGCGGCGGGCAGAUCAUGUUGAACUCUCUGCACAAGUAUGAGCCAAGGAUUCAUAUAGUGCGAGUGGGUGGCCCGCAGCGGAUGAUCACCAGCCAUUCCUUCCCAGAGACCCAGUUUAUAGCCGUGACGGCCUACCAGAACGAGGAGAUCACAGCUUUAAAAAUUAAAUACAAUCCGUUUGCAAAGGCAUUUCUUGAUGCAAAAGAAAGAAGCGAUCACAAAGACAUGAUGGAGGAAGUGGGAGACAACCAGCAGUCUGGGUAUUCGCAGUUAGGCAGCUGGCUCAUUCCCGGGACCGGGACUCUGUGCCCACCUGCCAAUCCUCACCCUCAGUUCGGAGCCCCGCUGUCGCUCUCCCCUGCUCACAGCUGUGAAAGGUACUCGUCGCUGAGGAACCACCGUCCUGGCCCCUACCCCAGCCCCUACACCCACAGAAACAACUCGCCAACAGCCUAUGCCGAUAACUCCUCUGCCUGCCUUUCCAUGCUGCAGUCCCAUGACAACUGGUCUUCUCUAGGAGUUCCCGCACACACGACGAUGCUGCCCAUGAGUCACAGCACUGGCACAGCUACCAGCUCCAGUCAGUAUCCUAACUUAUGGUCUGUGAGCAACAGCACCAUCACGCCGGUGUCUCAGUCGAGCGGGAUGUCCAACGGCCUGAGCUCCCAGUUUUUACGUGGCUCUCCAGCGCACUACACUGCCCUCCCGCACCCGGUCACCGCCGCCUCCUCCGCGUCCCCCCUGUACGACGGCGGCGCACCCACGGACCUGCCCGACAGCCAGUACGAUGCCUCCGCACAUGCCAGGCUAGCAUCCACGUGGACGCCUGUCACCCCCCCUUCCAUGUAA